AUGAAGAAGACCGGUAGAUGCAAGAAGAGCCUGUAUCCAGAAUGCGUGACGAAGGAGAAGAAGCUGGCUGCCGAGAUCGCAAACGGACGUCUGGCGAUGAUGGCCAUCAUUGGCAUGUUCUUCCAGAACGGACUGACAGGACAGGCCUGGGGCGACUGGUCCCUUUACACGGACUCGCCGCUGAGAGCCCUGACGCCGGCACAGGAGAUUAUUGCCGGGACUGGCGGCCCUCUCCCGGACAACUUCUGGGAUCCGGCGGGCAUCACCAACGGAAAGACGGAGAAGGAGAUCGCGAUGCUCCGUGCCAUGGAGCUGAAGCACGGCCGUGUGGCGAUGCUCGCAGUGCUCCAUUGGUUCCACGUGGCCGCAGGCUACCACCUCCUGGGUGACUAUGCCAUCGGCGAGAGGAUGAGCAACGACCCGCUCGUUAGCCUGACCCAGCUGCCAAUGGGAGGCAUGUGGCAGGUGAUCUUCACCAUCAUGUGCCUGGAGUGGCUGACCACCUACAUCUGCAAGCCCCCUGAGGACCGCCCUUGGGAUGUGCUCGGCUGGAAGGGCAUCAUCGACGAGGACUACCCUUCCGAGAUCUGGAACGGCUGGAAGCGUGUCCAGUGCCAGGAGCUGAACAACAGCCGCCUGGCCAUGGUGGCCAUCACCGGACUCGUCGCCCAGGACGUCGUGACCGGCGACUACGUCGCAGGCGUGGGCAAGCUCUGCGGCGGAGCAGCGGUGUGCAACCAGCCCAUCGACUACUCUCCUUGGCAGAACCUCCCUCCCAUCGACGACUUCGUGGCCAACGCCCCCUCCUGGGCCAACGGCCCCGCCCUCUACGGCGUCAACUGA